AUGUCUUCAAGUUCAACAAUAGCCAAGCGUCUUGAAGGCAAGACAAUCGUGAUAACCGGUGCCUCAUCCGGAAUUGGGAAGAGCAUUGCGAAAGAAUUCGCCCGGACGUCACCAGGCAACCUAAAGCUGAUUCUCACCGCACGCCGGAUCAACAACCUUCGCGAAGUCGCCGCCGAGAUCCACCAGGAGGCUGGCGACGGGGUCAAAGUACUCCCCGUCCAACUAGAUGUUAGUAAACCGGAGGAGAUUGAGCAAUUCGUCCCCUCAUUACCAGACGAAUUCAAGGAUGUCGAUAUACUGGUUAAUAAUGCUGGCCUGGUCAAAGGCAUGGCUCAAGCGCCCGAUAUCAAGCCGGGGGAUAUGGCCGUAAUGUUCGACACGAAUGUCACUGGCCUGAUCAACAUGACACAGACCAUUCUGCCCAUCUUCAAGACCAGACCUGAUGGUGGGCGAGGGGAUAUCAUCAACAUUGGCAGUAUCGCCGGCCGUGAUCCAUACCAGGGUGGGAGUAUCUACUGCGCGACUAAAGCAGCCGUUCGCUCGUUCACAGACGCCCUGCGUAAGGAACUUAUUGCCACACGCAUCCGUGUUAUUGAGAUUGACCCGGGUCAGGUGGAGACGGAGUUCUCUCUUGUUAGAUUCGAUGGUGAUAAGGCGAAGGCGGAUGCUGUUUACAAGGGAGUUGAGCCUCUAACCGGCGAUGAUAUCGCUGAGAUCGUGGUAUUUGCUGCUGGACGGCGUGAGAAUGUUGUUAUUGCUGACACCCUGGUCUUUCCCAAUCACCAGGCUGCCGCAGGAAUUAUGCAUCGCAAGGUGUGA